AUGGGCACAGUGUCGAACAAGCAGUCGAGGUCGAAGGACGCAAACAUGAAGCUGUUUUAUAUAAUCGCUACCCUUGCAGUAAUUGCAUUCGCCGAAAACAUUGAUGAAAGCGAAAUAGCCGAUUCAGAAGCGGCGGCAACUGUCGAACUUUUAAAAGAGUCCAGGGAAUCGUUGGAGCCAGCGGCCAGCGCCUACAACUAUGUCCAAUACCCGCAACAGAACGCAGUAAAUGCUGUUGCCAGUACAAACAACGCAUACGCCCAAGCGAAAUACUACGCACCUCCUUCGAACAGCUAUGUGCCACCGACAAAUAAUUAUGUGCCACCGACAAAUAAUUACGUGCCGCCCUCGAAUAAUUACGUGCCGCCCUCAAACAAUUAUGUGCCGCCCAGUAAUAAUUAUGUUCCACCCUCAAAUAACUAUGUGCCACCUCAGAAUACUUACGUGCCACCUCAGAAUACUUACGUGCCACCUCAGAAUACUUAUGUGCCACCUCAGAACUACUAUCCUUCAAGCACUUGGGCUCCCGCUGCCACUUAUCCCACAACAACUACACCAAGCCCCGUUAUCAAGAACGAGCUUGUUUACGGUGACAACGGCAGUUAUAAAUACGAGUACCAAAUCGCCGACGGCACUCAUGUAGGCGAGGAAGGUUACUACACUGACCCGAAGGGCACCGAUGAAAGCCUCGUCAAGAAGGGGUGGUAUUCCUACCCUGGGCAAGACGGCAAGAUCUACACUGUCACUUACUGGGCUGACCACACAGGAUACCAUGCGACUGGUGAUCAUAUUCCUACCCCUCCACCCGUGCCGCCUGCGAUCCAAGCUGCUUUAGAUCAACAAGCAAAAGAAGAAGCUGCAAAGGCUGAAGCACAGAAAAAUAAACCACAAACUGGUUAUUACCCCAACCAACCCACAUAUUAUCCCAAUCAACCGACAUACUACCCAAACCAGCCUUCUUACAACCCAAACCAGCAAACAUACAACCCAAACCCAACCUACUACCCCAGUCAAUCUUCUUAUGGUAAAUAG